GCAUACAUGUUCCGAAUCCGCACACGUCCAUAUGGCACGUACACGUCACUAGUACGUAGGCUACAUGUACUGUAUGUACGUGGCACGGCAUGUGUUAAAUCCUACGCGCUCUGUCAUGUCUGUGAUCUUUGGUACUCUUGCGUUGACUUCGAUCAGUGUUUGUCCCUGCUUGGAGAUAGUUCUGGCUGAACUCCAUCUUCCCUAAGACAUGAUGGUGGAGCAAGAGUGAGGUUUUUUCCUAUUUUUAACGGUGCCUAUUCAUGAUAAGUUCACACAUGCCGUACACCUUCACAAAAUGCCAACUGGCAAAUCGUCUACUGCGGUCAAACCGGGGAGUAGACAACUAGGAACAGCAUUAAGACAUCGCACACAGGGCAAGACGGCAACGGAAGACUUUGAAACCAUGGUGCCUCGAAUAGAACUGGAGACAUUUCCGUCGUCCGGUGAUGUUGAGACGGGGAGUAACCACGUCUCAGGAGUGCAGCGAAACAAGGAGGAUAAAGUUGAUGGGACGGAACAAACUCGUCAAUGGAACGGCGACGUGGCUCAUCGGGUAGACACGGACCAGGGGGGAGGGGUCAGGGUUGCCAUUGGGAACAGCGCUAACGACGACGAUGAUGAUGCAGAGAUUGAGACUUCCUUUACAGAACCGCUGCUACGGAGACAUUCUGAGGAGGAGGGGGAGGGGCCAAGGAACCAAGAAGUGGGUGUGGUCCAACACAAAGAGGAAUCAUCGUUCAGCAUCACCCUUCAGGUUUUCUUGCCAUUUAUCAUUGCUGGAUUUGGAACCGUGGGAGCAGGCCUGGUGCUCGACCUUGUCCAGCAUUGGCCUGUCUAUACGGUCGUGACUGAAGUCUUCAUCUUGGUGCCUGCCUUGCUUGGAUUAAAGGGGAAUCUAGAAAUGACGCUAGCAUCACGACUUUCCACAGCGGUGAAUCUGGGUAAAAUGGAUAAAAAAGAUCAGUGGCGAAUGAUUGGUGGUAACAUGGCACUCACACAGUGUCAGGCACUGGUGGUCGGUUUCUUGGCUUCGAUCGCCGCCGCUAUCAUGGGCUACAUUCCAGACGGAGAGAUUAAUAUUUAUCACAUUCUGCUGCUGUGUGCGAGCAGCAUGGUCACUGCGUCCCUAGCCAGCGGGAUUCUGGGUUCUAUAAUGGUAGCUGUCGUACUUCUAUCCAAAAAGUGUCACAUAAAUCCCGACAAUGUGGCUACACCCAUAGCAGCCAGCCUGGGCGAUCUCACAACGCUUGCCUUACUCUCAUGGAUCACCAGUCUGCUAUACAGGGCAAUAGGUGAAGAUGAGAGUGCCAGGCGACUUUGGCUGGCGCCCAGCAUCAUUGCGUUCUUCCUACUCUUAGUACCUCUAUGGGUAUGGUUGGCCCAUCGCAAUAAAUACACCCACGACGUGCUGUACCACGGCUGGAGUCCGGUCAUCAUUGCCAUGAUGAUUAGCAGCUGCGGUGGUCUAGUCCUAGACGUUGCCAUCCGACAGAACGCCGGUGUCGCUGUCUUCAGUCCAGUCAUCAACGGUGUCGGCGGUAACCUAGUUGCCGUCCAAGCGAGUAGAAUAUCCACACAGCUACACCGUCUGGGCCAGCCCGGUGUGCUGCCUGAGGGCAGACUGGGAGUGUGCCUUAACCCAUUCAAAGUGUUUUUUGGUUCAGAUGAGCAUUCCCGAUCCUCUCGUGUCCUGUUCCUGAUGGUCAUUCCUGGUCAACUGAUCUUCUUAUUCUUCAUCUCAAUGGUCAAGGCUGGACACACCUCCAUUACUGUCCGAGUCACCAUCAUGUAUCUAACUGUGGCAUUGAUUCAGGUGGGCUUCCUUCUUUUCACAGCCAACUGGCUUGUCCAUCUUCUCUGGAAGAUGUCCAAGGAUCCCGAUAAUUUCUCCAUCCCUUACCUGACCGCCAUCGGUGACCUCCUCGGCACGGCGUUGCUUGCCUUGGGCUUCUACAUCACUUGGUUGCUUGGCGACCGAGACAGCGAUGUCGGAGACUGAAGAGGUUUGUCUCUCAAAACAAACCUUGGAAACCCAACGAUGCUUGAAUUUUAUUUAUUCUAUUUUUUUUUCAGCGUGUAUUUUUGUCUUUGCGUAAUGGUCAACAAAUUAAAAGACUUCAAAGUAUAUUUUGUCAAGCUAAACUUUUACUCUGAUUUGUCAAUUAUAAGAUGUCUAGGAGUCUGGGGCAUUUAUAAUGCGUACAUACCAGUAUUCGUUAUACGUUCAUUCUCAUUCAAUUUGUAAUUUCAAUAUAAGUAGUAUAUCCAAAACUAAUGAAACUUUAUACUUCUUGUGCAGCUUCCAAAAACAAAAUAAUAUUUUCCUGGAAUUCUAAGUAAAUUUGUCAGCUAUUGGAAGUUGCAAUUUCAUCUGUAAAAAAAAUUGUAGAAAUAGUAAGAGUUAUUCUGGACAUGCCAUGCAUUACAUGUAUAGGUGUGGACCUUAUAAGCUUGUAUUUUAAAAAUAAUAUGUUUUAUUAACUCAAGGAAACUGUGCUAACAAUUAAGUAACCAUGACAGCCAAGAAUUAAAAUUUACAUACAUGAAACCUCAUUAAAUUCCGCACUUUUUGCCACUUGCUCGAACAUCGGGAUGUGACUACCUCUCUGAAAAUGUCAGUGAAAAUAGGU